AUGAACGUUUUCGAGGAGGAAAUUGCGAGAGCGGUGGCUCUUACCGAACGGGCAGUGCUGACGCGGGAGCCGCGCCUCAUCGCCCGUGUCCUGCGCUCGCUGGGGAAGCUAAGACGGUGCUGGAACGGAAGACUCUUUGAGCAUCGUACCAAGAAACUUGAGGCCCUUGUUGCAUCUGAAAUCAUUGCGGUUGAUCUCUUUCCAGAGGACGCCGAGGCGCUGAAAGAGGAGCAAAGAAAGAAGCAGCGGGCACGUCAAACGUCCAGUACCGGCGCUGAGCAGACCGGCACCGACUCGACGAAGACGGGUCAGAAAACAGGAACGCCCGACGAAGCAUCAGAGACACCAGUCGAAGAGACUAACGGUAAAUCCGAACGAGAGCUUGGCGCUGUUCAGCGUUUCGAGUACGCGGUGAAGGACCCGGUGCUCGCUGCACAGCACGCGCAUGCCGCACUUCGCCGGCUACUGGAGCGGUUGGAGCAAGGCGACCCGAGCGCACACAACGCAGUCUUGCUCGAAGAUGUAGAUGCGGCACUAGAACCGCUCUUGUCACGUAACCAACGCGCCGCCGCUGCGGCGAAGGGCCUUGGCGUGGUGCAGCCUUUGGCUGCUACGCGGUCCGAGGCUAGUAUGAUCUUGUCGAACGGGGUUUCGACGGAUUCGCAGCCAAACGAAACAGCUGCUGCUGGACUAACGAAGCAAAAUGCAAACGCUCGCCAAAUGUCUGGAGUAUCGUGGCAUGCGCUUCAACCGGAGAGCCUCGUGCUUUUGCAUCUGCUUGUCGUCUACUACCUGCUCGACGCACAUGGUGACCAUAAGCUGCAGCUCCGUGCCGUGGACUGCGCGGAUCGCCUGAUUUCGCUCUUGGAUCGAAGUCCUCGGCGACAUACCAUGGACGAAAUCGCAGCACGCUGCUACUAUGCUUUUACGCUGGCCUACGAAUGCGUUGGACGUCUUUCGGAAUGCCAACCGCGCUUGCUGAAGGCUUAUCGCACUGCUUGCGUUCGUCGCGAUCACGCUGGUCAAGCCGUGCUCUUGAAUCAGCUGCUUCGCUCCUAUGUUCUGGAACGGCGCUACGCGCAAGCGGAUCAAUUGUACAAUCGCGCUCCAUUUCCCGACAUUCGGAGCAACAGUCAGCUGGCUCGCUAUUUCUACUACAUCGGACGAGUGAAAGCUAUACAACUGGAUUACACAGAGGCAUUUCGUUGCUUGAAUAACGCGCUGCGCAAAGCGCCUCAGCACAUGGCGACUGCGUUCCGGAUAACGAUUCUGCGAUUGCUGGUACUGGUCCAGUUGCUCAUGGGCGAAAUUCCAGAGCUCCAAGUAUUUCUUGGAGAGCGCUACGCUCCUGAUGCUGCUGUAUUUCGGCGAGCCAUGUACCCUUACUUGCAGAUUGCAAACGCAGUACGUCGCGGUGAUCUCCAACGUUUUCAGCAAGUACUUGAGGAGAAUGCCACCUGCUAUGAACAGGACGGCAAUGGCUAUCUCGUUCGGCGACUUCGCCACAAUGUCAUCAAGACUGGACUUGCUCGCAUCGUGGCUGCCUACGCCCGCAUUCCUCUGAAGGAAGUUCAGGAGAUUCUGGGCCUGGAUGAUAGCUCCAGCACCGAGAAUGUGGUGGCGAAGGCCAUUCGUGAUCGGGUCAUUCGGGCAAAUAUUGAUCGGGAUCAACAGUGUCUCGUGUCGGCGAGCCAAACUGACCAGUACCAAGGUCGCGAGCCGGCACGUAUGUUCCAUGAACGGAUUCAGUUUUGUAUGGACCUCCAUGAAGAGGUACUUCGCGCGAUGCGCUUCCCAGACGACAAAAGAAACGAAGCCAACCUCGAGAUCUUGCGCGAGAUGCAACGCGAUGAGGCCAAGAUCGAGCAGGCGCUCGCUGAAGGAGCAGAACCCGGCGACGAGGACGAUACCGAUGAUAUCCUCUAA